UUGCUAAUUUAAAGUACACGACACUGACAAAGGCGCUAUCAAAAACAGCAACAGCGAGUCGUAGCUUGUUAUGACGACGAACGUUUCCUUGUCCAACAUUUGUUAUUACUGCGCUGUAAAGUUUAACCGCGCUGUAUAAACGAAUACUAAAAAGGAACUGUGUAUUUGUUGUUUCCCUUUAAAAGGGGGCAAGGCUCAGUGCUGGGAAUCGACGUCAUUUCGCCGUUUUACACACGUCCUGAUCAAUGAGAGCGAGCGAGCGUGCACUGCGUGCGCGCGCCGCGUCGCCUCUUCCAGGAAGGGAUUAUUUACGUGCGCGCCGCCGACACGUGAAAAAAGGAAACACACGACAAGACAAAAGAAGUUUGUCUGUUUUCCGCGCCGAGCCAAUGGAGCGUUGCGGCAGAUAGAAGAAGCCGAAGGAAGGGAAAGGAAGCAGCAGCGGCGGAGGCGGCGGCGGCGGCGGGUCUUGCGUGACGAGAACUUGUCCGCGCCACCCACGAUAUUUCGGAAAAAGAAACACUUUUUUUCCGGGAAGGAAAGAUAGAAAGGAAAAGAGGGAAAAGUGGAAGAAGGAGAAGUUAACGGGAGAUCAUGUCUGAAUCCCCCACGGCUGCAGCCAAGCAGGAGAGGCACUCUUUCAGUCCUUCCGCGAACCCGCUGCCAAACUCCACUUCCUCCCCCGUCCAUGCUCCCGCCCCCGUCCAUGCCCCCGCCGCCAGGCCAGGCAGCCGAAUGGAGGACAGGCCCGCCAGACUGGCCGCACACCUGCGUUUGCAGCCGGUGUUCUGGAGCAGGGACGACGUGGCCCAAUGGCUGCGAUGGGCCGAGAAGGAGUUUGCCCUGCGGCCCAUCACCAGCGGCUCCUUCCAGAUGAAUGGAAAAGCCUUGUUGCUGCUCACCAAGGAGGACUUCCGCUACCGCUCGCCGCACUCUGGUGACGUCUUAUAUGAGCUGCUGCAGCACACCCUGAAGCAGAGGAAGCCUCAAGUGUUCUACCCCUCUGGCUACUUCCCAGGCAACUCCUUCCACUUGUUGCCCGAGAGCUCAACGCAGCACCUAAAGCUCGAAGAAACGGUACGCCGGGCGCCAUGUGCUACGGAGCCCGUCCCCCAGCACCCGCCGACCAUCGAGUUGCGACACCGCUCCCGCUCGCCCCACCACCCGCCGCCGCGUCAAUCCCCCCCGGGGCCAAACCACCAACAUGCCGCCGCCGAGGACCACAUCCAGGCCUUCUCCCAGCUGCCAGACAGCAACCACCACUUGCCCGAGGACGCGUACCCUCUGCCCGUUUCCCCCAGCGCCCCCAACGGCCGCUGCGGGACCCCCAAGGAGGCGCCGAGCCUGGGCAGCCCGGGAGGCCAGGAGGUGGGCCCGCCUCGAGUCAUCCAGCUCAUGCCAGGAACCAUCAUGAACCCUGUGUUCACGAACACGAGCAGGAGCGGCGGCGGGACCGCCUUGGACUUCAGGCACGGCCGCGGCGUGCAUACGGAGAACGGCCGCGAGGCCAAAGUCGACAGGACUCAUCAGAUGACGUCGGCCCACCAGCCCAUGCCGCAGCAUCUUCUCCAGCAUCAAGAGGAGGCGCUCUACAGGAACUUUCUCAUGCCCGUGUCUCCGCCGGAAGACCACCAAAUGCCGAUCGGGCGGAUAGCAGACUGCCGGCUCCUGUGGGACUACGUCUACCAGCUCCUGUCAGACAGCCGCUAUGAGAACUACAUCCGCUGGGAGGACCCGGAGAACAAAAUCUUUCGCAUCAUGGACCCAAAUGGCCUGGCCAGGCUGUGGGGCAACCACAAGAACAGGACCAACAUGACAUAUGAGAAGAUGUCACGAGCACUGAGACACUACUACAAACUCAACAUUAUCAGGAAAGAGCCCGGGCAGAGACUUUUGUUCAGGUUCAUGAAGACCCCAGAUGAGAUUGUGAACGGCCAGACGGACCGCUUGGAGCACUUGGAGUCCGACACGUACGAACAAAUUUACAUCAAAGAGGAGUGCUGAGGAACUUUUUCUUUUUUUAACUACUGCAAAAGCCGCCGAUGCCUUUUCAAAGCAGCUUGAACAAUCGUCGUUGAACCUCAACGGUCAACAUUUGCUGAUGGCAGUCCCCGAUACAGAGAUAUUCAAAUAUUUCCAAAAAUGCCUUUGGAUAAUUGACUGUAGGUUUAAUUUGUCUUAUGGACAGCGCUGAAUAUAUAUAUAUAUAUAUAUAUAUAUAUAUAUAUAUAUAUAUAUAUAUAUAUAUAUAUAUAUAUAUU